GUGGCAUGCGCAUAAAUACAGAAUAUAGUUAAAUACGAGGCAAUCAUGGCGGAUGCAUGGUCUUGUGGAAGAUCCGUCACAAAGGUGUGUUUUUCUGAUAAUUUUUUCUCUAGAUGUGAUAGCUUUAGCCUCAAAAACGGUGCAGUACUUAGUAAUAGUCAUUCCAUACGAAGUUAAUUUCUGUUUGUUUAACCGUUGAUACACUAGAAAACGUCUAUGUGGCUACUGUCAUGUUUGAUCUUUUGGCUCAAUAUUUCGCCCGCCUGGCCCUUUUAUUUGCCUGGAAUUGCUCCGAUUGACUACGAAAAAGGCGAAAAACUAGAAGUCAAGGUACGGUCUUUUAAACCUCAAAUAUUAUGAUCUAAUAUUAUGCGGGCAUCCUUGGUAAAUCGUCAGAUUUUGAUGCUUUUACACUAAACUUGUUUUUGUUUUUACUUGUUCGAUUCAAAAUUGAUAAUAGCUGUAUGGUGGAAUUUUUUGUCUUUUUUUUCCAAUUUUUAUUUCCGAUCAUCAAAGACAAUUGUAUCUUUUUAAUACAAACCUCAAGAUGCAUCUCCGUAGAUUUUUUGCCUUAUUAACACGGUUGCUAUGACUUCACCUAUUGCUUCAAAGCUUGAAAAAAUCUAGAUUAGUGCUGUAAGGUGGUAAUAGCUGUCAUGUUUGAUUUGGAUGGUCUUUGGAAUGUACAGGCUGUAAAAAUGACAAGCAUCAAGACACAGCUUCCCUUUGAGUACUACUCUAUUCCCAUCUGUAAGCCUGACAAUUUACAGUACAAGCCAGAAAACCUUGGUAGGGCUGAUUUCUUGCAUUUUUUUAUUUUGUAUUUAGAUCAUAGUGCAAACUUUUGUAAUGUUCAAUUAAAAAAACUAAUUUUCAUGAUACACUACAUUGUUUAUUUAUUUGAUGGGAAGCAUGGAAAAAAGGUCCUUUGGAAUUCACAUCUUAUUUGAAACAUUGUAAAUCAUUAUUUUGCGGGAACUCUGAGGCUAAUGAGAAUAAAUUCUGAAAUCAGAGGUAAAACACUGCUUCUGGUAGUUGAUUUUUGUCUUUUAUCUUUUUUUUCUUUCUUUCUUGUAAGAAAAUUUACUCAUUUGCCGUUUAGAGUAUUGUCUUAAAAACAAUGUGCUUUGUCUGUAGGGGAAGUACUUCGCGGUGACAGGAUUGUAAAUACUUUAUAUGAGGUUUGUAUCCUUCUUCUUUAACACUGUAGCACACAAACACACUAUAAUGAUAUAGUUGUAGGAGGUGAAACUGUACUUCUUCCUGUAUCAAGAUAUAAGAGACAUUUACCCCUGAAUUCUUUUUAGUUUGCCAUUUGAAACAUAAGUUAUUUUGGCAAGUAAUAUACAGCUGUUUCAAGAAAGUUUGCAAAUCGUAUAGUGUAAGAAUGCAUGCAAAAACCCUGAAAGGUAUUGUGGGUAUACUUUACAGUUGCAGGUCAUGAUUUAUUGACUGAGGAUUUUGGGGAAAUCUGUAAAAAUUUCACUUUAAGUACAAGGCAUCUUGUUCUUAAUGAGUUUUUUAUUUAUUUGCCUGCACUUUUGGCUUUUUUUCUGACAACCUUUCUUGAAACAGCUGUAGAUUAAAAGGAAUUUUUUUAGUGAAUUCUUUAGUCUUUAUCAAUUGUUAAUCUAAUUUUUUUCUCUACCAAGUCACUAACUUGCAUUCUCAAGCAACCUUCUGCCCUCUUCUGACCAUUUUACAGUUUUCAUUUGCUGGUACUACUGAGCUUUUUUGUUGCUUUGUAGAUAAGAAUGGCACAAAACAAAGGUUGCACUUUACUCUGCAAGCAAACAACUGUGAAUACAGAGCAAUCUACGAAACUUUCCAAGCUGAUAUCAGAUGAAUACCAUGUUCACAUGUGCGUAGUUUCUUAUUUUAGUUUCUUUUCCUAUUUUGUUUUAAUCCUUUUAUCCUUUGUCAUUUUGUCUUCUUUCUUUUUUUUACUUCCUAAUGAGUGUCAUCAUUUUCUAAUCUCCUAAUUUUUACAUGCUUCUGUUAAUUAAAUGGUUUUGGUAACUUUUUCAAUAAGUGGCUGCUACUGAUAUAAUGGACUGCUGUGCCUUGAAAGUGGCUGCAGGGCCCCAUUCUCCUAGGGGGGUCUAGGCUUCCCCUUGACCUCAUAAAAAUCUGGAAUCUAGAAGCUUGGAAAUGUAAUUUUUCUUCUCUGAAUUCCUUCUAGCCAUUCUCUUGUGUUGUAUUCACUUAUUUUCUCCUUUCAUCUCUUAGUGACUGGAGCAUGUUUUAACUUCUCACAAAACUGCUUUAUGAACAAUUUCAGGGUUAUUGAUAAUCUACCUGUGGCAACAAAAUUUGUUCUUGAGACUGGCCAGGUAAGGACCAUGAUUGCAAAAAAUUUUAAUGUGAUUCUGUUUUACCCAAAUAAUACUCUUUUCAGAACAAUUUUGAAAUGUCUCUUUUUCCACCUCAAUGUAAUGCAUAAAAAAUUGCUAAAUUUAAUUAUUCAGUAUGUGUGGCAGUUAUCGGACACAAUCGGAAUCUACAUUGUACCAGCAUGUUUGGGUUUGUUCAUGAUUUUGUAUCUUUUUCCUUAAUUAGGUGCAGUAUGAUCAUGGAUUUAAACUUGGAUUUACCAGAGAGAAGGUUAGUAACAGGAAAAUAAAUGCACUGUCUUGAUAUACAGUCACUCUCUCUCUCUCUUAGUACUGCCAGUCUUGUUAUCAAUGCUAGUUUUUAAUUUGGUUUUAUUAUUGAUGAAAAACCUCUAAAAUGAAAAAAAAUGUAAUCAGAAUAUUUUUAAAAAUUCUGUCACUCUCUCAGUAAAGGCUCAUUAAUUUCAUAAUUUUGUUCUUUUUGUGAUGAGGUGAUUAUUUUGAUUGAUAUUCAAAUUCUCAUCAGAAUUAAAUGGUGGAUUGUCCUUUUUUUCAGGAGACUUACCUUAAUAAUCAUUUGAUGAUGGUCCUCAAAUAUCAUACUUAUGACAAGUAAGCAAACUUUUUCCUUGAAUUUCUUUUUCAGCAGUGAGUUUCGUCUCUCUUUGCAAGUAAAUUUAAGUUUCUGAUUUUCUUUCUGUAGCGCCACAUUCCGUGUUGUUGGAUUUGAAGUACAUACAAAAAGGUGAGAAAGUUAUUGCAUGGAAAUUAGAAUCAAUGAACAUAAAUCAAGCCAUGAUGUCAGGUGCUCUCCCCUGCCUUGGGAGCUUGGGACCUGCCCAAUCUCUAUUAGCUUCUUUGGCCACAUGGCUCUGAGAACCAAUAAUGUGAUGUAACUAAUUGUUACAAUUUAGUAGGAUUGAUUCGAAUUUCUUUUUUCAAUUUUUGGUAGUGUGGCAACAGAUGCUAUAGCUGUGGAAGCAAACAGUAAUAAAUGUUCGUUUUUGAGUGAGAAGCCAUCUAAUCUGCAGAUUACUCCUAACCGUAAGUUUGAUUUUCAUUAAUGUUGUACAAAGUGACAGAUGAAGCUAAAAUAUGAUUAAAACCAAAAAAGAGGCAUGCAAGGCAUAGCCAAGUGAAAAUGAAAAAAAAAAUCAAGGAUUUUUAGAAGAUUGUAUUAAAGAAAUACCUCAACUAAAUGAUUGCUUGAUAUGCAUUUUUUUUUUGAGACCAAUGUUUUGGUUUUUAUGCCAUUGAAAAAGUUUUAAAAAAGUUCAUCCCAACUGGAGGAGUUUUUAAUAUCCAAAGAGCUUGAACCCUGAAGAGGUCCAUUGUCACUUUGAGAUGAAUAGUAAACAACUACAAUCACUUUUUUUUGUCGAUCAUGUGCCAAUGAGAUGUUAGAGAUGUUGGAUCAAUAUCAAUAUCUGGGCAACUGCCCACCUACCCCUCCCCUAAUUCAACAACAGUCAAUUGACAACAAGUUAAGGUUAAUGUUGGGUUUGGGGAGGGGUAGGUGGGCAGUUGCCCAGAUACUGAUAUUGAUCCGAGAUGUUGAUAGGGAUUGAAAUCGAAAUCAGAAUGAUGACAGAGAUAUGAAUUUCUUAGAAGCUGUCUAUAUGCAGCUGAAUUUGAUGGUUCAAGUGUCAUAAUAGUUCAUGCUUAAUAACAUUUUGUUGUUGAUUUUAUAUUGAUAGAGGACAAUGCUGUGGUGUUGACGUAUUCUGUAACUUGGGAGGUAGGUCAAGAUGUGAUAAUUAUCAUCGUAAAUUUUAAAUUUCUUUAAAUUCUAUUUGAUUGAUACAGUAUGUGAAAGAAACUGAAGAUUUAUUUGAUUAGCUUUAAGAGAGGAGUAAUUUCCAAAAAUGUAAAGUAAACAAGCAAAAAAAAAACUAUUUAAUGAAUGUUUCUCUUAUGGUGUAACAGGAAAACCCUUUCCAAAAAAACUUGUUACUUUUUGGGAGUUCUUACCAUGAAACUCAGAAAACUAUGCUUACUGGAAAUAAUUCUAUGACUGGAUUACAGUGUAUGUCAAGAAAAUUUACUCAAUGAAGCAUAAUGUAUCUAACUGUAAUAUUGUAGAACAGAUUUCUGCAGGGCACUAUUUUGUAGGUUGGGGUUUCUUUUCUUGCAUGUCCUUAAUUCCUAUUUCAUCAGUCACAUCAAAUAUUCUUAGAAAAAUUCUUAAAUGUUCAUAUUUUUGGGUUUUAUGGUUAAAAGGUCAAAGAAAUAAGGGGGUGCUAUUGUGUAGAGCUUUGUAAUCAUCACUAUGUGAUAUUGUAUUUCUCUUUAUUACUUUCGUACAGGCCAGUGAGAUUGUCUGGGCUUCACGUUGGGACACAUAUUUAGCUAUGAGUGAUGUUCAGAUCCACUGGUUUGCUAUAGUCAACUCUGUAGUGAUUGUCCUGUUCUUGUCUGGUGAGUCACCAAUUGCAUGUACCUUAAUUUCUAGCACUAAACUUGUUAAAGAAGAAAAUAUGUUCCUUUCGGUGGUAUUUUGUGAUUGUGCUGAGACUCUUCAGUAAAGUAGAGGGGUGGAGGGCAAUGUAUAGUUUGGAGGGGGGAGGAGGGAGGGGGGAAACUGAAAGGAAGAAGUCUCAGGGAGAAAGUCCCCCUUUGACUCCUGCUUUAGGGAGAAAUCUGGUUGCAGAUAUCCAUGUAAUGGAGAGAGAAAUAUUUACUUACACCUAGCAUGUAUUCAAUAUUUCAUUUAUUGCAUAUUUGGUAAAGUUAGAUUGCACAUGUUAACUGUUAUAUCUUCCUCACAGGUAUUGUCUCCAUGAUAAUGAUAAGGACAUUACGACGUGACAUUGCUCGUUAUAACAAGGAAGAGGAAAUGGUUAGUUAUUUCAAAGGCUCAUCAUUAAUGAAAGCAUUUUUUAUCAUAGAAGUGAACUUGUGAAGCACUGAAUAAUUUUAAUUAUUACCUUUGCUGCGCUGUUUGACCUUUUUGUUGUUAUAAAAUUAGGGUAACUUUAUCAACCACCACCAAACUCCCAGAUUAUGUCAAGGCUUUUUCAGUCAAAUUUAGUUUAAUGGUUAGAAAUUUGACUUUGACCAACUUUUUACAUUUUGAAGUAUGAUAUAAAGUUGAGUGAUAGGUUGAGGAAUAAUCAAAUGAAUAGUGUCAAAAUGUUUCAGUCAGAAGGAAAAAAGUGAUUUUAUUGUUUGCAGGAAGAUACCAUGGAAGAGACAGGGUGGAAAUUGGUCCAUGGUGAUGUGUUCAGACCUCCCAAAAGAGCAUGGCUACUAACUGCAUUUGUUGGCUCAGGGGUGCAGAUCUUUUUUAUGGUCCUCAUCACUCUGGGUAAGAUCAUAUUAAAAUAAUUUGUGAAAUGAUAAAUGAUGUUUUUAUGAGAAAUUGUAGUAAAGUUAAAGAGUGCUGGGAGCUACAGGUGGCAUAGGGUUAAUUUUCAUUGUGUUGUAUCUGGUUUUAGUGUUUGCCAUGCUUGGAAUGUUGUCACCUGCCAGCAGAGGAAGCCUUAUGACAGCAAUCAUAUUUCUUUAUGUUUUCAUGGGGUGAGUGUUUCAAUUAAAAUCAUGUCGAGUUGUGAUCAAAAUUUUUCUACUAAUCUGAAAAUACUAGAUCAUUUUGAUGGUAUUUUUACAAAAUUGAGCACCUACUUCUCAAGGAGAUAUUUAAAUUUUGUAAAGCAAGCAGUCCAACUUGUUGAAGAUGUAAUUGUAUUGUACUGGAAUUGGUAAUAGUGAUGGCCAUGAUGAUAAAGAUAGUGAUGAUGAUGAUGAUGAUGAUGAUGAUGAUGAUGAUAAUAAUAAUAAUAAUAAUAAUAAUAUAAUGAUAGGACCUAGUAUUGUGAUAAGGAUAAUGAUAAUAAUGACACUACUACUACUACUACUACUACUAUUACUAAUAGUAAUAAUAAUAAUGAUGAUGAUGAUGAUGAUGACAAUAACAAUAAUGGUAAUGGUAAUAAUGAUGAUGAAAAAAACUUACAAUAAUCCAGAGUUAAAUUUUCAUUCUCACUAUAAAGUGUUUUUGCUGGAUAUUUUGCUGCUCGACUCUACAAGACAUGCAAGGGCCAGAACUGGAAGAAAUCUGCAGUACUGGUAAGAUUCUUAAUUCUUUUCUUUUUUUAAUUGAACAGUACUAAUAUUACUCACAAUACUCACAGUACAACUUACAGAAACUUAAACUACUUACAAUCUACUUAUUCUACUUACGAUUACAUACAAUACUAGCAUUACUAAGAAAACUCACAUAACUUACUGUACCAACUCUACCAACGAAGCUUACUCUACUUACAAUUACUUACACUUACUUACACUUUUAAAACUUGACAGUUACAAAUUAAUCAAGAGUAACUUUUGGGGUCAGAUGUGUGGUAUGACCUAAAACCUCUAGAAACUGGCCAAGAUCAUUCUAAACUUUUUUUUUUAUUUCAGACGGCUGCUUUGUAUCCUGGAGUUGUUUCUGCAGUCUGUUUCAUUCUAAACUUCUUUAUCUGGGGACAGCAUUCUUCCGGAGCAGUAAGGGAUAAAUUUGAUUGUAUUUGUGCUCUGAAUUUUCUUUAUAUUUUUUGUUUAAUGGUACUUAAUCCAAUUUUGCUGGCAUUUAUCUCUUUUCAGGUUCCCUUUACAACCAUGCUUGCUCUUCUCUCUCUGUGGCUGGGAAUUUCAGUUCCUCUUGUUUUCAUUGGAUACUACUUUGGAUACAGAAAACAUGUUCCUCUUGUUUUCAUUGACAGAUUUCUCCUUUGGAUAUCUAGAAAAUCAUGUAGACAAGUGAUGAGAAUCAAGGAAAAUAUCAAUUUGGGACUACUAAUUGAUCUCAAACAAACAUAAUGAUUUUUUGGCAUUUAGUAUAUAUCUCAUAAUAAGAUUUUUUUGUAUUUAGUGGGAUGUAGAAAAUCCUGUUUCCCAAUACUAUGUAGGUAUCUGUUGUUUUAUUGACCUAAACUAGCAGCUGUAGGUUUUAUAUUUGACAAGAAAUUAAAUAUUCAAUUUUGCUAUGCAUUAUUCAGCCAUAUGAACACCCUGUGAGAACAAACCAAAUUCCUAGGCAAGUUCCUGAUCAGGCCUGGUACAUGAGUCCCUUGCCAAGGUAAGGUUGUUACUUUUUCCUUGAGUGCAACUGAACAUCAUCAUAAACUGUACUGUAUUGAUGAAAACGAGUUACUACUCAAAAGAGACAACUUUUGGAAAUGCCAAAAGUAGGCAUUAGGACCACAAAGUUACCUCUGGACAGACCUACCAGUAUUUAUUGGCAUCUGAUUCAAAUAGAGCAGAGCUCUACUUGAAGCAUAUGCAUAUGCCAAAGAAUGCAGGAGUACAUAUGUUUUUUUUUCUUUCUCAUGACUUAAGUGCUAGUCCCUUUUUUGGAAAUGAGUAUGCAUGUAUAUUUUGGUGUGCCAUUGUGUAAUCUUUGCCAUUUUAUUACUCAUUUUUAGAAACAUCUUUGUCUGGUACACUAAGAAAGAGCCAUGUUUCCUCUUACAGGAGUUGGAAAUGUGUGAAAAUUUUAUUAGCAAUGUAUAUUCCUUGAAAUCUGUUAUUCGAGUAAUUAAUGCUGACUUCCUCUUUCAGCAACCUGAUGGCUGGAAUUCUCCCCUUUGGUGCUGUCUUUAUUGAGCUCUUCUUUAUUUUAUCUGUAAGUAAUCAAAACGAAGUGUCAUUCCUCCCAGAAGUUAAUUCUUGUUAUAGGAACUCAUCUCUUAUCAUCACCUCUAACCCUUUCACUCUCUUAAGUGACCAAGGAGGAGUUUCUCUCUACAGCAUCAAGAAAAAAAAAUUAUAUAUAUCUGGAAUGGGACAUUGUUUGAUUUAGUACUAAAUUCUCAAAAUAAAAAUUAUAAGAAAUGGAUGAGAGAGUGCAGAGAAUGUACAUUUUGAUCUUGGGAGUGGAAGGAUUGAAGAAUUAUUGUAGCAUAACAGUUCCAGCAAAAUAGUUUUUUUAAAGUUACAGUUAAACUGUUUUAUCACAUAGCUAGGAAAUUUGUCUAGUCAAAUUCAAUUGUGCUAGCAUGCUUCAUAUUCCUAUCAUGCAUGCUCAUGACAGCAGCAAACAAAUCUCUCUCGAGAAAAAAAUUUUCCAUCAGGUUGAAAAAGUUAUAAAACAAUCAGUUCAAACAUCAGCUAUAUGUUCAUCGAGAUAUGAAGCACUUGGGAAGUUUGGAGAGCACUCAAGAAGCUAGAGUUGCUCUUGGCUACGCCUCGAGCAACUCUUACACGUCUUUGGUGCUCUCCAAACUUCCUGCAUACUUCAUAUCUCGAUGAAUGCAUGCUGACGCAUGAACCAAUUGUUAAGUAUUGUAUAAUUGUUUUCUCUGCAUUUUUAGGCGAUCUGGGAAAAUCAGUUCUACUAUCUGUUUGGUUUCUUGUUUCUGGUGUUCCUGAUCCUUGCCAGCUGUGUGUCACAGAUAUCUAUAGUGAUGAUUUACUUCCAGUUAUGUGCUGAGGUAGGAGAAAGUCUUUGCAUUUUGGAGGUUAGACCCAAUAAUCCUGUGAAAACAACUGGGGGUGAUCCAAUUGUACAGGUUUCCAUUUUCUCAAGUCCUGUGUUUGAUCUUCCUGAGAGGGGAGGUGCUUCUUCUGAAGGGAAGGUGGGCCUAUUUCUGUAUCAGCAGCUGGUUAUCAAGUUUAACUUUACCAUUCCAUGGUUAAGUUGUGGGAAUAUUCAUUAUAUUAAUUGAAGCCUUAAAAUACAAACUUCAUGUCUGCAUUGAAUUCCACCGCUGAGGAAGCACUGAAAGUUAAAGAGUUGUAGGAGAGAUUGACCAAAGGCAAUAUUCAAUUGCUCUAUCUGGGUUGGGACAUUUUUUGAAAUAUUUUGGUUUUUCUGUGUCGCCCCUCUUUUUUACACUUUGCCAAAAACUGUACUAUCAGCCUUUAUUCUUCAGAAAAUUAACUGCAGUUUAUGUAUAGGUUCAUGAGAGAAAAUUACAACUGAACAAAAAUGGUACACUUUGUUAGACAGACUAAUGCUUGCCACACAACUUAACAAAGGAAAGUAGAAGAAAGACAUCAAAAUGCUUAAAGUGAUAACCACCAUUUUUAUUUUUCUUGCAGGACUACCACUGGUGGUGGAGAUCAUUCUUCAUGUCUGGUUCAUGCUCCAUCUAUGUGUUCUUUUAUGCAGUAUUCUAUUUUGUUACAAAAGUGAGUUUCACUAGAUAGUUACUGUUUCUUUACAGCUGUUACUGGUCUAUAGCUCUAUACGGAUGUUAUUUCCUUCAACUUUUAAUUUUUCAUACUAUCUGUACUGUCUAUAAAUCCAUACUGCAAGUUUAAGAAUCUAGGUUUUUUUUUUAUUUUUUCUGUUCAGAUUUAUGGCCUGUGCACUCUUUGCUGGGUUAUACGCUGUAAAUCUGAGCUGAAAAAUACUCUUGAAAGUCCCAAUACCAUGAUGGCCACAAAACCACAUUUUAAAAUCAAAAUUUAAACAAUAGAGAAGCAGUUUCUGGCACUCUAACCUGUCCAUUUUGUUUCUGUAGCUGAAAGUUUUAUUUUAUAAUUUUCAAAACUUUCUAAACCCUUCUCUUGAAUGAAAACAGAACAGCUUUAUGGGUCCAAUAAGUUACUGGAACCUUCAAGAAAUGGGCCUCUGGUCUGUAUCUCACAGUACAGACCUUGAAGUUGGUUAGUAAGAUGUAUAGAUUUGUUAAAUUACAAAACUUACUGUGGAAUUCUCCUCUUCUCUUUGUUGUAGCUUGACAUCCAAGAUUUUGUCCCAGGUCUUUUGUAUUUUGGCUACACAUUUAUCAUGGUGUUGUCCUUCUGGUUGCUGACAGGAACAGUUGGAUUUUAUGCCACAUACCUGUUCAUCAGGCACAUUUAUGCAGCAGUGAAAAUUGAUUGAGGUGGAGCACCACGCGAAAGAACCAAUUUAUAGUAACACUUAAACAGCAACUAGGGGAGAGAAUUGGCAGUAAUGGACUAGUUUUAGUCCUAUGUACAUGCAUAUGGUGACACCAUGCUUUUAAGAUAUCAACUGUCUCUUUUAGUAAUGAACAAUUUUGCUGAAUUUGAAUGUUCAACAUUCUUCAUUGGAAAUUUGUUUUGUCUAAAUGUGCUGGUGGAAUAAUUUACUGUACACCAUUUAUUUUGUUGAUUUCAAUUAGAACAUUUACCUUGUGUUUAACGAUGAGAAAAUGAUUUUUUAACAGAACAUUCCUUUUAUGUAAGUUUUCAGGCAGGAUUUGCUUGAAGUAAUUCUUAACAA